GGAGACGAUGCCAUGGUCUUAACCAGUGGGGACCUCUUUGACUUAGUCGGCAACUCCUCCGACGGCUAUUACGAUUACGACAACUGGACCGACGCCUGCUGCUCGUCCUCCUCCGUUUGCAACUCCAACGCGACCCAGGGCUUCUCUGGCAGCUUCCUGCCCGCUUUCUACAGCUUGAUCUGCCUCUUAGGCUUGUGGGGCAACGGGAUGGUCAUCGCGGUCUUGCUGCGUGCCAAGGAGGCUCUGGCCGGGACGGACGUCUUCCUCUUCAACCUGGCCGUGGCCGACAUCCUCCUGGUGCUGACCCUCCCUUUUUGGGCCGUCCAGGAGGCCCGCGGAUGGGUCUUCGGCACCUUCCUGUGCCGCGUGGUGGGCGGUGCCUUCAAGAUCAACUUCUUCGCCAGCAUCUUCUUCUUGGUCUGCAUCAGCCUGGACCGCUACCUCUCCAUUGUCUGUGUCGUCCGCAUGUACAGGCGCAGCAAGGCCUCCGCCGUCCACCUCACCGCCGUGGCCGUCUGGGUCGCGUGCCUCCUCCUCACCGUGCCGGACUUUGUCUACCUGUCUGCCGAGUAUGACUCACGCCAAAAGUCCACCUCCUGCUCGCUGGUCUUCCCGCCGGAUUCGGCCACGCAGUGGAAAGUGGGCCUGAGCCUCUUCAACCAAGUGGGCACCUUCUUCCUGCCCUUGCUGGCCAUGGGCUACUGCUACGCCCACAUCGUCUUCACCCUGUUGCUGUCCAAGGGUUUCCGAAAGCACAAGGCCAUGCGGGUCAUCUUGGCCGUGGUGGGCGCCUUCUUCCUCUGCUGGCUGCCGUACCAUUCAAUCCAGUUCGCCACCACUUUCCUCAAACUGGACUGCGCUUGGCAGGAGAGGCUGGAGGUGGCCGAAGUGGUGGCCACCGCCUUGGGCUUCUUCCACUGCUGCCUCAACCCGCUCCUCUACGCCUUCAUGGGCGUCAAGUUCCAGCACCGGUACCUGGAGCUGCUCCAAAAGCUGGGCUGCGUCAAUCACGGGUUCGUGGCCAGGUAUAGCAGGCAGGGCUCGGCCCUCCGGAGGGAGUCCACCUGGUCCGAAAGCACCGAAACCACCUAUUCCGGAGGCUUCUAGGGCAUUUUGCAGAACAGCUGCCUCCUGCUAGGCGUUUCCAUCCGUAUCCGUAUUGCCCAAAGUGAGCUUCUGCUCUGGUUUCACUCUGGACUUUAAAAGGACCAAAUCCAAGGGAUGCAGCUGAAUUCAGCCUAUGUGGCCUUCCAAAUAACAACAACAACAAUAAUAACAGAGGCACAACUAUGUGGCCCAAAUGAUUCAUUGGAACUUAUUCACUUCACUUUCUUAUUUCACUUCACUUUAUUUCUUAAUUAGUCGCUCUCCACCAGAGUGCUCUGAGCGACUUACAAUUUAAAAUAUCAUUCCACAAUAGAAAACAUUCAUCAUAAAAACAUUCAACCUAAAAAACAUUCAACAGUGACUAUUUGGCAAAUUAGAUCUGAUUUACUUAAAUGCACAACCAAACAGCCUCAAGUACCACCUGUCAGCAGCAAAGAACUGGUGGGAUCACAAACCUGCAAAAGUAUUGGAAAAUGAGCACGCAAAGAUACUGUGGGACUUUUGAAUCCAGACUGACAAAGUUCUGGAACACAACACACCAGACAUCACAGUUGUGGAAAAUAAAGGUUUGGAUCAUUGAUGUCGCCAUCCCAGGUGACAGUCGCAUUGACGAAAAACAACAGGAAAAACUCAGCCGCUUUCAGGACCUCAAGACUGAACUUCAAAGACUCUGGCAGAAACCAGUGCAGGUGGUCCCGGUGGUGAUGGGCACACUAGGUGCUGUGCCAAAAGAUCUUAGCCGGCAUUUGGAAACAAUAGGCAUUGACAAAAGUAUGAUCUGCCAACUGCAAAAGGCCACCCGACUGGGAUCGGCACGCAUGAUCCGAAAAUACAUCACACAGUCCUAGGCACUUGGGAAGUGUUCGACUUGUGAUUUUGUGAUACGAAAUCCAGCAUAUCUAUCUUGUUUGCUGUGUCAUACAAUAAAACAAUAACAGCAAUAGCAACAGCAACAUCAGCAGCAACAAUAUGAUGGACUACCAAUGCUGGACUACAACUCUUGUAUGAUUAAUAUUACAGUAGAGUCUCGCUUAUCCAACGUAAACAGGCCAGAAGAACGUUGGAUAAGCGAAUAUGUUGGAUAGUAAGGAGGGAUUAAGGAAAAGCCUAUUAAACAUCUAAUUAGGUUAUGAUUUUACAAAUUAAGCACCAAAACAUUAUGUUGUACAACAAAUUUGACAGAAAAGGUAGU